GUGGGUCGCUCUCUCGUUCCCCUCUCCUCCCUUUCGCCUUCCUUCCCCGAUUGAUCGAUUCUCCUCUUUUUGCUCCGGCUCCCUCCUCCGAUGAAAUCCUAGGUCCCCGAAUCAGUGAAUUCUGUCAUUGAUUCACCCCCAAUUUGUCCACCGAUUCACUCUCCGUUCCCGUCUCCCAGUCGGAAUUGCUUUCCACAUCGAUCCUGUUGCCGCAUUCCGAGCCAGGCAUCUGAAACCCUAGAGGGAGGGAGAGAGAUGGAGGAAGCGAAGACAUCAGCGCAGCAGCACCAUCACCAACAGCAACAACAGCACCAGCACAUGAUUAUGCAGCAGCAGCAGCAGCGACAGCAACAGCAACAGCAACAGCAACAGCAACAGUUUCUGCUUCUCCAGCAGCUGCAGAAGCAGCAGCAGCAGGCUGCUGCAAUGUCUCGCUUCCCCUCCAACAUCGACGCACACCUCCGGUCCCCUGGUCUUCCGCAGCGCCUCGUCCAGCAGAACCCCAGCCUUAUGUCUGAGUCCACACCCCCUAGUCUCCAGCAGCAGCUUCAACAGAAACAGCUCCAGCAGCAGCUCCAGCAGCAGAAGCAGCUGCAGCAACAGCAGCAGCAGCAGCAACAACAACAACAACAAAAGGCGAUCCGACCCGGGAACCAGUUGGAACUCCAGCUGGCUUACCGGGAUGCGUGGCUGGUCUGCCACCCCGACUUCAAGCGUCCCUUCUCUUCCCUCGAGGAUGCUUGCGAAAGGUUGCUACCUUAUCAUGUGGUCGCAGAUUACGAGGCAGAAGAGGAUGAUAGAAUCUUGGAUUCUGAUACAACUGGUCAGAUGCCUUCUCGAUCUCAGCAGUGGGACCACAACAUUGCUGCCAAAGUUGCAGAGUUUACUACCACGUUUGAGAAACAGGCCCUUGCCUUCAACAUAAUCAACCGUAAGCGAGCCUCAGGAGAGUUCCGCUCUGAGGAGAGAUUGAUGAUCGAGCAGGCUCUGUUGCAAGAGGAAAAGCGAGCCUUGUUGGAAAUGAAGGCCGAGAUAGAGUCAAGAGAGAGAGCUGGGAGAGAAGCGCACGAGGCUCAGGUGCGAAUGGCAGCAAUGCAGGCUGAGCAAGCUCGGGUGGAGUUGCAGCGAGGCCCAAUAAGGGCAAGUGCCCGAGGAUCGCAAGGCAGCGACAUUCCAAUGAAUCAUGGGUUGGAAGAGCAGGACAAGAAUCCCGAGGAAAUGAUGAAUGGGUGGGCAAACAAUGCACAAAGGGAAGAGAAGGAGCCCUCCGAGGAUUUCUUGAAUGAUGAAGAGACCGACAAUGGGGAUACAGCUGGGCAAGAUGAUUGGCGUGAAGUCGGUGAAUUCGAUUUGAAUGCUAGAUGAACAUACUGAUACUGCUCCUAGCUUAGCUUCCAUGGGCACUUGAUCUUCUGGUGGUGGGAAAAGGGCUUGAAUUUGGCAGGAAGAAAUAUCAAUGCCAAAGUCAGGUGGUGAUGGGCGUGCUCAAUAUGGAGAUAAAAUGAGAUUAUUGAAUGAUUUUUGUCUGUCUGUCUGUAGGUUGAGUAUCACCUGUUGAGACAUGAACAUUUAAUCUUGUUCAAAAUGCAGGGCGGGAAAGAGUUGCUUAGAAGAUUAGGUUGGUUAGCUCUAGGUUCAUUUGUUUUUUGUAUAGCUACUACCAUCAGUUGCUUCUCCCGCACAUCUGCCAGUGACUGUAGGACCGGGCUCUGUUGUCUUCGUCUUUAGAAAGAUAAAUGAAUCUGUAGAGGUCUCAACGAGGCGUUCAUGUCUUU